AUAGAGAGAGAGAGCGGGCAGGAGAUUUGUAUACUGCAGCUAUAGCUGUUCCGUUGCAGAGUCUUGGCAGAAGGACUUUUAACUUUUUUCUCUCCUCAAAUAAUUCUCUCCCUCUCUCUCUCUAUACACCUGUAUGUAACUAUGUAUAUCUCACUUUCUCUCUCUAUAUUCAAUUUAGAGUAGAGAGGACACUGAAUGUUCAGUGUAUUAUAGCAAUGCCCUCUCUUCUCUCUGCCAGAGUGAUGUGAUUGAACAGUCCUUCUUUCUCUUUCACCCUCAGAGCUCUUCACAUUUUCUCACAAUUCUCAGUAAUUAUUCUCUCUCUCUCUCUCUCUCUCUCACCCCAUUCUCUGUCUCAAAGACUCACCUUUCAAUGUCUAGUCUUUGAGAACUAGAAAACAUGGAGACACACUCUCUUCCACUUCAACAGUGAGACUAGACCGGUAGAACUAGUGUUUUGAUUAGGACCAAACCGUUUCUCCUUCUUUAAUGGUGCUACUCUUUGGCUUCUUUGCUAUCUUUGUCCCUGCCUGUUGCUUCUCCUUCUAUGCUUGAAAGCCUGAAAGGCUCUCUCUUUCCUCUUUUGGUACUCAAGAAUGGUGCCAUUUUCAUCUCAAUGUCUUCUUCUUGUGACUUUCUCCAUGUUCUUGAGCUUUGUUUCUUCUGCUGAGUCGGAUGAAGGGGCUACUUUGUUGGAGAUUAAGAAGUCAUUUAGGGAUGUUGACAAUGUAUUGUAUGACUGGACAGACUCACCCUCUUCAGAUUACUGUGCUUGGAGAGGUGUUACUUGUGAUAAUGUUACCUUCAAUGUUGUUGCACUGAACCUAUCAGGUUUAAAUCUGGAUGGUGAGAUAUCUCCAGCAAUUGGACAGCUAAAAAGCCUAGUGUCCAUUGAUUUGAAGCAGAACCGCCUUUCAGGACAGAUCCCUGAUGAAAUUGGUGAUUGUUCGUCUUUGAUUAACUUGGACCUAUCGUUCAAUGAGCUGUAUGGAGACAUUCCCUUUUCUAUUUCCAAGCUAAAGCAGCUUGAAACCUUAAUUUUGAAAAAUAAUGAGUUGAUCGGUCCAAUUCCUUCAACGUUGUCUCAGAUCCCAAACUUAAAAGUUCUGGACCUUGCACAAAACAAGUUGAGUGGAGAAAUACCGAGACUUAUUUAUUGGAAUGAAGUUCUCCAAUAUUUGGGACUGCGAGGGAACAACUUGGUCGGUACCCUUUCACCUGAUAUGUGCCAGCUUACAGGGCUGUGGUACUUUGAUGUUCGAAACAAUAGUUUGACCGGAUCAAUUCCUCGAGAGAUUGGCAAUUGCACGGCUUUCCAGGUUCUGGAUUUGUCCUAUAACAAAUUAACUGGCGAGAUUCCUUUCAAUAUUGGGUUCCUUCAAGUAGCCACCUUGUCUUUGCAGGGUAAUCGACUUUCCGGGAAAAUUCCUUCGGUGAUUGGCUUGAUGCAGGCUCUUGCUGUGUUGGACCUAAGUUGCAACGAGCUGACUGGACCAAUUCCUCCAAUUUUGGGGAACCUAAGUUACACCGAGAAAUUGUAUCUGCAUGGAAACAAGCUAACUGGGUCCAUUCCUUCCGAGCUUGGGAAUAUGACAAAGCUCCACUAUCUGGAAUUAAAUAACAAUCAACUUACUGGGCACAUACCAUCAGAACUCGGGAAGCUGACAGAGUUGUUUGAUUUAAACGUUGCCAACAACCUACUUGUCGGUCCCAUUCCCGAUAACCUUAGCUCUUGCACAAAUCUGAAUAGCCUGAACGUUCAUGGAAACAAAUUGAAUGGGACGAUCCCCCCUGCAUUUCAGAAGCUCGAAAGUAUGACCUAUCUGAAUCUCUCAUCAAACAACAUUAAAGGCCCCAUUCCAAUUGAGCUAUCUCGUAUUGGUAAUCUGGAUACAUUGGAUCUUUCAAAUAAUAAGAUCAGUGGCUCUAUACCAUCUCCACUUGGCGAUUUGGAACAUCUACUGAAACUGAACUUGAGCAAGAAUGACAUAACUGGUUACUUACCACCCGAGUUUGGUAAUCUUAGGAGCAUCAUGGAGAUUGAUAUUUCAAGCAAUCAUCUCUCUGGACCAAUUCCCGAGGAACUCGGUCAACUUCAAAAUCUCUACUUGUUGAAAGUUGAAAAUAACAAUCUAUCUGGUGAUGUGAUGUCGCUGGCCAGUUGCCUCAGUCUCAGUGUCCUAAAUGUCUCGUAUAAUAAUCUAGUUGGCAAUAUCCCAACAGGCAAUAACUUCUCAAGAUUUUCACCAGACAGUUUUAUUGGGAAUCCGGGCCUUUGUGGAUAUUGGAUGAGUUCUCCAUGUCAUGCCCCUCGUCCAACAAUGCGGGUUACAAUCUCUAAAGCGGCUAUUCUUGGCAUUGCUUUGGGAGCUUUGGUGAUUCUUCUGAUGAUCUUAGUGGCAGCGUGUAGGCCACAAUAUCCGAACACUUUUAUGGAAGGUUCGAUUGAUAAACCAGUAAAUUACUCGACACCGAAGCUGGUUAUCCUCAAUAUGAACAUGGCACUUCAUGUUUACGAGGACAUUAUGAGGAUGACGGAGAAUUUGAGCGAGAAGUAUAUAAUCGGUUAUGGGGCAUCGAGCACGGUGUACAAAUGCAUUCUUAAGAAUUGCAAGCCGGUUGCAAUAAAGAAACUGUACUCUCACUACCCGCAAUACCUGAAGGAGUUUGAGACCGAACUCGAGACAGUUGGGAGCAUUAAGCAUCGUAACCUUGUUAGUCUUCAAGGCUAUUCCCUCUCUUCCGCUGGCCAUCUUCUCUUUUACGACUACAUGGAAAAUGGUAGCCUCUGGGAUUUGCUUCAUGGGGCGACGACUAAAAAGAAGAAACUUGAUUGGGAUACUCGUCUUCGUAUUGCAUUGGGUGCUGCUGAAGGGCUUGCAUACCUUCACCAUGAUUGUAACCCGAGAAUAAUCCACCGGGACGUUAAGUCAUCAAACAUUCUGUUAGAUAAGGAUUUCGAGGCUCAUCUCACUGACUUUGGAAUUGCGAAGAGCUUAUGCACAUCCAAGUCCUAUACUUCAACCUACAUUAUGGGAACCAUUGGUUACAUCGAUCCUGAAUAUGCACGCACUUCCCGCCUUACUGAAAAGUCGGAUGUAUAUAGCUAUGGAAUCGUCCUGCUGGAGUUGCUGACGGGAAGGAAAGCUGUCGAUAACGAGUCCAAUCUCCAUCAUCUGAUUCUAACAAAGGCGGCAAACAAUGCAGUCAUGGAAAGCGUCGAUGCAGAGAUCUCGGCUACAUGUCAGGACCUCGGGGAUGUAAAGAAGGUUUUCCAGCUCGCUAUUCUUUGCACCAAGAGGCAGCCAUCCGAGAGGCCGAGCAUGCACGAAGUUACUAGAGUUCUCGGGAGCCUAAUGCCCUCAUCCAUUCCAAAACAGGUGAACCAAACCCCCUCAUCACUUGCACCCUUGCCAUCUGCUAAAGUGCCUUGUUACAUGGAUGAAUACACAAAUCUCAGAACCCCCCAGUUAUUAGCCUGCCCAUCCAUGAGCACCUCAGAUGCCCAACUCUUUCUCAAAUUUGGAGAAGUCAUUUCCCAGAACAGUACCUGAAGAGAUUCUUGGAUUUUCACCUUCCAACAAAGGAACAAAGAAAACCAUUCUCCCACAGCAAAUUAAGUAUAUCAAGGCUUUGGAGGUUAUGUAUAAACUCUGAUGGCUAAAUAUUGCAGUUAGUAGAAGAAGAAAAAAAUGUGGACAAGACCAUUAAGCUAACAUCUUUAGAGUGUAGCACCAAAUUCAUGUAUAUUAAUUUAACUUGUACUCCACCCAAACUCUUGUAUAUUGGGUAUUUGGUAUUUAGAACCACUGGCUUUCAGUAUGGACUGCUUCGUCUA